CUUUGUUCGCGACAUAUAAAAAUUUUGAAUAUCUAGGAAAAAUAAUCAGCAAUGCAGAUAAUGCUGAGCACACGCUUACUCAGCCAUCGCAUCAUGGGCAUUCAUCGCACCACACGUGGUAUUUGCAAUCGUGACAAAAUUGGAAAUCGUGACGUAGUUGGAUACGGAUUAAAUGGAACAUACAUGUACAUGGAUCUGGAGAUGUGUCCAUUUCCAGCGAUUAGAUUUCGAGAAAAUACCCCGAAACUGAUGGCCUUGAGGGAGAAAGAGCGCGGGGAUUGGCGUCGACUUUGUCUUGACGAGAAGAAGACACUUUAUCGCGCGAGUUUCUGUCAGACAUUCGCCGAAAUGGAUGAACCAAGCAGCGAGUGGAAGAGCAUUUUAGGGUUGACACUGUUAGGAGUUUCCGGAGGCCUCUGGCUCUGGAUUUACUCUCACAUAUUUGUGUACAAAAAUGCUCCAAUAUCAUUCUCGGAGGAGCGUCGUGCUGCCCUGUAUUGGCGGCUAAAGGCAAUAAUGCACCAACCCAUCACUGGUCUGAAAAAGCCUCCAUACGUUGACAAGUAUAAACCAGAAACUAUGAAGGAAGAUUGAUAGGAUGAAGCAUGAUGAUUC